AUCGUUGGUUCUUUACUAGACCAAUGUAAGCGAGGACCACACCCCUUUCCUUCCUAUAAGAACUCCCUCAAACAUAACCUCUUUCACCUCAUCAGCCAAACGCAUAACUCACAAAGUUUACCCUCUAUUUUCUCUUCACUCACAACAAUCAAAUUCAUCAUCAGCAAAAGGUAAAGAUGAAGAUAAGCAGUGCCACCAUGGGAGCCUCAAAGAGAAGGCUAUCAAGCAGAGGCCUUGGAGGGGCCCUCCGAGAGCAAAGGGCUAAGCUUUAUAUAAUACGAAGAUGUGUGGUUAUGCUUGUUUGCUGGCAUGAUUGAAAUUCCCAGGCCAUGCUAAUGGUAAUGGUCAUGGAGGAUUUGGGGGGUCUUUUUCUUUCUUUCUUCUUCUUUUGGUGGAGUGUAAAUACUAGCAGCGGAUGUCAUCGGAAGUCAAAAACAAGUUUUGUAUGCCUCGGCCUUAUGGCCUAGAUGUAAAUUAGAUAUAGCUUUUAACUAAAUCUUUGAUAUUAUUUAACAAAGUAUAUGGUCGUUUAUUAAUCUUUAACAUCUGCUUUUUCUUUUUGGUCAUGAAUUCUUUACGGCUUACCAUAUAUAAU